UUGCUCCACAGAAAGCAGAAAUCUCACAGCAAAACAAAAACCUUUCCAACCCUUUCUUACUUUGUCUUACACUGGAACAUUUAUGAACGAUAAACUAGCACAUCCUUUUACUCAUCAACUUCUUGAUCACUUGUUAAACCUAAUCUCACAAUACAGUAUGUCACUCCCUGAAUGGACUUAAUUGUACGUUUGGAGCCAAGAUUACGACUGGAUUCUCCCAUGAUGGAAGAUGAUGUGGUCGGAAUUAGACGACCCUUAUUGUUUAGCUUUUGUUUUUUAUUCUCUUGGCCCCUCAACAGUUGCGUUGGAUUCGCACUGAAGGACUGUCGAAUAAGCAAGGACAACGCCAUUUGUUCGGCCAGCAAACUACGAGCUGUCCCUGGGGACAUCCCGGCAUCGGUCAAAACCUUUGACUUGGCUGCGAACAAAAUAUCUCAGAUCCGAGCGGGGGAUUUCAUCAAUUACACGGCCCUGUUGCAGUUAGACCUAAAACGCAACAGCAUUUCCCAGAUAGAAAAAGGUUCCUUUACCAGCCUGCGCUCGCUCCGAAAGUUAAAUCUGAAUAAUAACCGUCUGGCACAACUGGGAGAUGUUUUUGGUGGUUUGAGCAACCUGACCGAGCUAAGACUAAUGAGCAAUGACAUUACAACUGUGGCCCCUUCCUCCUUUCAGCCCCUGACAAAUUUGACUGUCUUGGACCUGUCGUUCAACAAAUUGAAGGACUUGACAAAGGUUCACUAUGCAUUACAACAUUUACCAAAUCUGCAGUAUCUGUUCAUCAGGAAAAUCGGUUUAACCAUUUUCCAGUCCUGGGAACUGACCAACAGCACAGUGGGCCUAGCAUACCUUGACAUGUCUCAGAAUUACAUCGAUGUCUUCAGUAUCAGCGCCGAUGUUUUCCAAAACCUCACUUGGCUGAAUAUCGGCGGUUCUCAGAGAAAGCAGAAGUUGUCAUGGAAGAUUGAUGAGCCGGCGGGACUCAGCCGGGUAACCACGCUGGAUAUCAGUGGACUUCGCUUGGCACAGAAAGAUGCCAGAGGGCUUUUCCAGAGCCUAAACUUCUCGCUGAGCACUCUAAGGAUGAAUGCGAUGAAAAGCAACCUCAGAGAGCUGCUCAACAUGUCCUGCACCAUCCCGACACUAACACAGUUGCAAAUCAGAUGCAACACACUUCGGCAGGUCGAUUCCCGUUUGCUGCGGCUGUGCUCCUCCGUCACCAAGUUGGAUUUAGCUGACAAUUGCAUUCAAAACAUGUUCAACGACUCUUUCAGAGCACUUCAAGGUCUGAAGAGCUUGACUCUCAGCCAAAACAGGCUCUCGUUGGUCCCACCUGCCGUUAGGAAUUUGACGAGACUUCUGGAACUGGACCUGAGCUCCAACAACAUCAGCUCUCUCGGGUGUCAAGACUUUGCGGACCUCGGCAACCUCAGAGUGCUCGGCCUUGAUCAGAACUCCAUCUCGACUGUGAAUCAGUGUGUGUUCAAGGAUCUGACCAAGCUUGAGGUCCUCAAACUGCAGAUAAACCAAAUUACUGAAUUGAACAGCGCUUUUAAAAUAUACUUGCCAAAUCUUAGACAGCUGAAACUGGAUAAGAAUAAACUUACCGCAAUUCGACAGGGAGACUUUGAGGGCUUGCGGUCUAUCCAGAACUUAUCAAUGCAGAGAAAUCAACUCUGCAAGCUUGAAAACGGUUCAUUUGUCGGCCUAACGAUGCUCACAGACAUCCUGCUGCAAUCCAAUGAGAUCCAAGAGACCGACAUAACCGCAGGUGUGUUCAACGAUCUCAUUAAUUUAAGAAAGUUGAGUUUAUUGGACAAUCGCAUCAAGUACAAAAGCAGUUCAGCAUUGCCCUCGGCGCCGUUCUCUCGGCUUUCUCGCCUGGAGACUUUGGCCAUGGCGGGACAACACAGCAGGGGCAGGUUCCAGCUGCCUCGCAACUUCCUGCAAGGUUUGACCAACCUUCUGAUUUUUGAUGCCAGGAAUGUCCAACUUACGUCCUUGCACCAAGACACGUUCAAGUACACACCUCGGCUUCAGAAGCUUGACAUCAGUUCAAAUGAGCUCACAGAUGUCUCCCCCAGGUUGUUUGAUCCUAUCCAGGAUCUCCGAAGCCUCUACAUUUCAAGAACCUCUCUUCUGUCACUAGAUUUCUUAAAUGAGGCCAACCUUACCAAGCUAGAGUUCCUACAAGCACGAAGGAACCAGUAUUCAGUCAUCACAAAGGAACAAAUGGGAGCCCUUCCUGCUCUGGUGUAUUUGGAUCUUCAAGGGAACAGUUUCUUAUGUGACUGCGACAACACCUGGUUCCUCCAGUGGUUGAACAAAACAGAAACCCAAGUGUUUGACGCCUAUAACUUUGUAUGCAACUACCCCCAGCACCUUAAAGGCUUAAAGCUGCUGGACCUUGACGUUGGAUCCUGCUCGGUAGACGUGGAGUUCAUCUACUUCAUCUCCACCACAUGCGCCAUCCUCCUUUUUCAGCUGGCGGCCUUCACCUACCACUUCCUGCGAUGGCAGCUGGCCUACGCCUACCACCUCUUCCUGGCUCUGCUCUACAAGAGGAAAUUCAGGAACAGGCAGCCUGAGUGUCUCUACGACGCCUUCGUCUCUUACAACACGCACGACGAGGACUGGGUCUUCAGGGAGCUGCUGCCCAAACUUGAGGAAGAGCAGGGCUGGAAGUUGUGCCUGCACCACCGAGACUUUGAGCCAGGGAAGCCCAUCAUUGACAACAUCACACAGGCCAUCUAUGCCAGCAGAAAGACAAUCUGUGUGAUCAGUCGCAGAUAUCUGGAGAGCGAGUGGUGCUCCAGAGAGAUUCAGGUGGCCAGCUUUCGCCUGUUUGACGAGCACAAGGAUGUUCUCAUCCUGGUCUUCCUGGAGGACAUUCCCGUCUGGGAGCUGUCUCCUUACUACCGCAUGAGGAAGCUGCUGAAGAAGUGGACCUUCCUGAGCUGGCCCAGGGCGGCCCAGUGCACCGACCUCUUCUGGGAGAAGCUCCGGCAGGCUCUGAAGACCAGAGACAACGUGGGCGGGGAACUGUUGCUCCUCACCGUGAAGGACAGCACGUGAUGAACCAUGAGGAGGUGGAGGUAAUGAAGGCGGAGAUACGUAGAACUGGCUUUUGUAUUCUCUUAGGCUGGAUUUACACGGCAAGUUCAAGAGCCUAAUUUCAAUUUAAUGCCUAUAUAGUGAACACCCACUGUAUAUCACUGUUCAUCUGUCGCGGCUUUUUAAGCGAUCUUUUUUUUCCUGGGUUUUAUUUUCACAGUAUACAAGCAAGCCAGAAUCGAGAGUUGGGCGCAUUCAGUGUAGUACCACGUUGUGCCACAACAUGCCGAGCGGCACUGAGCUCUACUGGAUUUUGAUGGGGCGUAAUUAAGAGAAGAGAAGAAGAAACAGAAAAGGUCCCCGAGCGAGAGGCUAGAGACCUGAUUCCGAUCUGAAGAUAUCUGAUUCCAUGGUGCUUUUUUUCUUCCAUGACGCAUAUCGAGCAAAACAAUUGGAAUUGUGCCAUUUGAACCUUGAAGAGUAAAUGCCGCCUUAAAUAGCUGUUCCUUACAACCACUGCGGUUAACCAAGUUUCGAAGGACAAUUAUUUACGUGUGCGAUAACAAUCAAGUCGGCGUUCAUUCACUCUAGCAUGCUAGUACUGUGUGUGCGAAGCCAAUUCAAACUGAGUAGUCCUCAUUCUUAUCCCUUACAUAAUGUUGUGGUCCCAUUUUGACAUUUGACAGCAAAGAAAAUUUCCUUAAAUGUAUUUCUUUCCCACUGAAAUUUGAUGACUUUUUCUUAAGUGACCCAAACUGCACAAUAAUGAAUAUAUAUAUAUAUAUAUAUAUAUAUAUAUAUAUAUAUAUAUUAAAUGUCAUUCAUUUGUCCAGGUGCUACAAAGUUUGUGCACACUGAGGUUGUUUGAUUUGUGUUUCCAAAAAUUGAUUUUAGGUUUACCGCGAUAUGUUAAAUCAAGGACGAUGGUGGGAAUGUUGAAACUAUACAUCUGCAUAUCAUGUGUAUUUUUUAUGGGACAGUGGUGACAGUGUUCAAGAGAGAGCUUAAAACAAUCCCGAGAACUGUCUGUGUUUCCACCACCAGAAAUAUGCAUCUGCUGGUCUUUGAGGGUCAUGGGGGGGAAAAUCUCCAAAGAGUAAAAAAGCAUAUGAAUGAUCAUACCUAAUAAACACAAGCAACAGAAGUCUUACAGAGGCCGAGAGUAGACAUGUUUAUCCAAAAAACGAGUGGCGUAAAACUUAAUACACUUUUCCUAUUUCUCUUGAAGCAUCGAGUAAGGAUUAAACAUCCUUUUAUCAGUGUCAGAAAUGUUAUCUGUAGUUCAUAAUUGGAUACAGAAAAUAAUUAGGAUGAAAUUCUUGGCCCGUAACAUACGUGCUUGCAUGCAUGGAAAUUUGAGCAGUGAGUUUCUGUCAUGUCAUUGCAGUGACUGAAGGUGCAAAAAAAAAAAAAAAAUGACGACACCUGAUAUUUAAGGGGACAAAAAAGUUUAAUAAAUUAACAGGCACCAAACCCGCACAACAUGAAAAGACCUUUGAGAACCGAAAUGCGUCGUACUUUUACUGUCCACCAUAAAACAUGAACAUGUGAGAACUUUCCAAAGUUCAAGUAUUCAGAAUACUAUGCUUGGCUGUUUAUAAAACAGAGCUUAGAUUUGUGUUGAAAUCAAAUCAAAAGUGAUGAAGCACAAACAUGAAUGCAGCGCGAAAAACAAAUGCGACUGUCAGAGUUUAUGCUGGUGCUGCCGCUGCGGUGGCGUUGUUGGCAGAUUGCUGGAGGGCCUCGUCGCUCUUCCUCCUGCGCUCGCUACACAGAAAUCAACGUUUAUUUGACACACAAAUGAGCACGAGGAAAGCAGAAAAGGGCGUCGUGAGGCGUCCUACUCACUCGAGGCACCGCAUCGCUCUUUGGGUCCAGCUGGCAGCAGGGUCGGCGCACAAAAACCUUCCGGGGAGGUGCAGGCUGAAAAACCGGGGAAACCGGCGUGAGAAUGAGCGCGCGCGGGAGGAAAGUCUGCUUGUUGGUGAACCCGCUGAGGUGCCCGCCCUGAACAAAGUGCUCACUCGCCAACCACGUCACAACUAAAACCCUUCACAAUCACGACUGGAAUUUCAAAUAGGUGAUGUAUUAAAACACUCGACAGGCACUUCAUUAGGUACACACGCUAAUGAAAACUGUGCCCAAAAAAAAAGAAUAAUGCUCACUUUUGAAGUAUUUACUCAACAUUUCGGCUUUGUAGGGUUUUACAAUCCUUUUUUUUUUUUUUUUGACCAUUUUGGGCCAUUUCGGCAGAUUUGUAUUUUUUGCUUCUUUUACUGCAUAAACAUCAGUUCUUGUCAUAGUAUAAAGUAGCCAUUGAUGAAUAUUUUUUAACCUUUCAAAUUCCAGUUUGUUCGCUUAAUGCGCUGAUUGUUAAACAAUGAUAAAAAUCAAAUUUUCAUUGAUUGUAAGCGCACCCUUUUUUUUCUUAUCUAAUGCUAUUACUGAUUGUACUGUCUUUCCACACCCAGCAGAGAGCACUUCAACUUAAAUUUAGAUUUCAUGAUUCAUUCUCCAUGGCGACAGAGGGUAUGUCCACUUCUUGAAAUCAAAAUCAUGACAUUCAUCUGCUCCAUUGGAGUGCAGUAAGCCGUUUAAUGCCGCUUUCUGAAAAUAUAAAAUAUUACAUGAAUUUGCUCCAUUGUCCUAAAAUAGAUGAUGAUAAUGUAAUCUGGUCGAAAAACUAACAUUUGAGAAUGACACCCAUUUAACCCAAAUUAUAUGAUAUAAUCCAGCUCGCCAAAGUGGCCACAAUAAAGCCAAAUCUUACAACUUG